UUAUGGAGCGUAAGAGAUCCCGUCGACUGACCCCGUAGACACUUCCGAUCUUUCCAUCUGAGCUCUUCCAUGUCGAUCUGCGCUAGCUCCUCGCAGUCGUCGUCGGGAUCCAGGGCGUGGGUUGCCCAUGCGGCGGUUCUCGGGGCAGCGAUCGCAGCGGUAGUUGGUGCCCACUUCUAUCUCCGCCGCCGGUCCAGCAUGUUCCGGAGCCGGGUGAUCGGAAUCAUCCCUGCACGAUUCGACUCCUCCCGAUUCCAGGGAAAACCCCUUGCUCAAAUCCUUGGCAAGCCCAUGAUCCAGAGAACUUGGGAGAGAGCAAAACUGGCUUCAACUCUUGAAAAUGUUGUUGUGGCUACAGAUGAUGUGAAGAUUGCAGAAUGUUGUAGAGGAUUUGGAGCUGAUGUUGUAAUGACGUCGGUAGAGUGCAGGAAUGGGACGGAACGCUGCAGUGAAGCAAUCCAGAAACUUGGGAAGGACUAUGACAUAGUUGUCAAUAUUCAGGGUGACGAGCCUCUUAUUGAACCUGAGAUAAUAGAUGGCAUUGUUAAAGCAUUGCAGAGUGCUCCUGAUGCUGUUUUCAGCACUGCUGUCACGUCCUUAAAACCUGAAGAUAGUCUUGAUCCUAACAGGGUAAAAUGUGUGCUUGAUAAUCAUGGAUACGCAAUCUAUUUUUCCAGGGGUUUAAUCCCAUUUAACAAGUCUGGAAAAGUUAAUUCACAAUUUCCAUAUCUACUACACUUGGGCAUUCAGAGUUUUGAUUCAAAAUUCUUGAAGAUCUAUCCACAGAUGCCACCUACUCCUCUACAACUGGAAGAGGACCUUGAGCAACUUAAAGUGCUUGAAAAUGGGUACAAGAUGAAGGUAAUUAAGGUAGAUCAUGAUGCUCAUGGUGUAGACACCCCUGAAGAUAUUCAGAAAAUAGAAGCAUUGAUGCGAGAAAGAAACAUUCAGUAACGCUGAAAUGAAAUGAUAUAGCCAUCCAGUUCAUUUACCUUUAACAAUGUUACCUUGUUUGUUUUCUUGAAAGACAAGAACAAGAUAGUGAGAUAUUCAUUUGUACUGUGCCAAGGUCGAUAUAUAGGCAAACAUAUAAUUAAUGAUACCAGGCCUCAACAGUGUUCUGACAAAA